AUGCCUGUUGUUCCUGUAUCAUUAAACAAUAGCACAUCAGAGCAGAAUAGCUCUUUGCAUGAUGCCAAUCUUUUGUCUGAUCAAGGGCAAGAUCCACAGCACUCAUCAUCUUCGCUACACCACCAAGAAGCAGCUGGCGAUCAUGUACCAAAUCGUCAGAGGAAUUUCGAUUCGAUUGGAUCUGACGAGUCGUCUAUUAAAACUAAUAUCGAAAACGAAGGGGACAGCACAGAACCCAAACCAUUUGUAGGUGCUGACUUGGAGAAUGGAAAAUCAGCUGGUGGUGAUGCUUCAGAUUAUGACUAUCCAAGAGGCGGUGAUGAAUUAUCGAGACUGGAAACGAAUGCGCAAUUGUCUCGAGAACUUUCAAGAAGAGUCACCAACACAGGAUCUUUUUUGGUACAAGACUAUGACGAUGUUAAACUUUCAAUGGGAGAGAAUAUACCUUUCCCGCCAAUGUUACCCGAUAGAAAUCCAUACUGUGUGGCAUUCGACGGGUUAGAUGAUCCUUAUCAUCCUCAUAAUUACCCACUUUACAAAAAGCUAUUAUACAGUGCGUCAGUUGCUUUGGCUGCAUUGUCUUUGUCCAUGGGAUCGGCUAUGUUUUCGGAAGGAAGUGCCGAAUUGGAGCAAAUCUAUCACAUUGGAACAUCAGUUGCUGCUUUGGCUACUUCAUUGUUUGUGUUUGGCUUUGCUGCUGGUCCUGUUAUAUACGGACCUUUAUCUGAAUUGUUCGGAAGAAAACUAGUGAUGGUUGUGUCAUGUCUUGGAUACGUUAGUUUUCAAUUUGGUGUUGCUACGGCCAAAGAUUUGCAAACAAUCAUGUUGUGUCGAUUUUUUGCCGGGUUUGUUGGUGCUGCUCCCUUGGUGGUUGCCCCUGCAGUAAUGGUUGAUUUGUUCAAUGCAAGAAUUAGAGGUUCUGCUAUAGCCGUGUUUGCGUGUUUGUUGUUUGGAGGUCCUAUGUUGGCACCAAUUUUGGGUGGAUUUAUUGUAAAGAAUCAAAAUAUGGGUUAUCGUUGGACAUCCUACAUUUCUGCCUUGAUUGGAUGUUUAGCAUUGGUUAUGAAUACCUUCAUAUUGCAAGAGACACAUCACCCAGUAUUACUAGUGAGAAAAGCAGAGUUGUUGAGAAGAAAGACGGGUAAUUGGGGGAUCUUUGCCCCACACGAGGAAGUAUCCUUGAGCUUGAAUGAGAUUUUCAGGAACAAUAUCAUGAGACCUUUAAGGUUAUUAUUUACCGAGCCUAUUGUCUUUCUUGUCAGUAUUUACAAUGCUUUCAUCUAUGGUAUGCUUUAUGCAUUCUUGACAGUAAUUCCCUUGGUAUUUACUGGUCGUUAUCACUGGUCACAGGGUGUUGGUGAGUUGCCAUAUUUGUCCAUGUUACUAGGAGUAUUCUCAGGAGGGGCAGUAAUUGUCUUUUUUGAAAGGAGAUUGAACAAGAGGGUAGAUGCUGGAUUAAAACCAACUCCAGAAGCACGAUUGCCACCAAUUAUGAUUGGAGGAUUUACCUUUGUCAUUGGAAUCUUUUGGUUGGGAUGGACCGGUGAUUAUGCCGAACAUGUGCACUGGAUCGUCCCAGUUAUUGGUGCAUUCUUUGUUGGUAACGGUUUGAUUUUGAUCUUUUUGCCUACUAUGAACUACAUUAUCGAUUGUUAUUUAUACGUUGCUGCAUCAGCAUUGGCGGGUAACACCUUCAUUAGAUCAGCAUUCGGUGCUGCAUUCCCUCUUUUUACCACACAAAUGUUUAAUAAUUUAACGAUAAAAUGGGCAGCCACAUUAUUGGGAUGUUUAGGAAUAUUGAUGAUCCCUGUGCCAUUCUUGUUCUACAAAUAUGGUGCAUUAGUAAGAAGCAAGUCCAAGUUUGCCAUGAAGUAG